AUGAUUUUAACCAUAUUUGCAGUUAUAAGUUCGGUGCUUUGCGACGAACUCAGCUUCUUUUUGAAGCCGAAGAAGCGGUUCUGCAUGCACGAGAACUUGGCUGCUGGUGAUGAAGUCUCUGGGCGAGUUGCCAUCAAUCCGUCAGCCCUUUACCAGGUACGGUUUUCAAUCAACACCCCCAGCAUCAAGGCUCCUAUAUACUCAAGCAUCACUGACAGCGAAGCCUAUGCUAUCUCUGUCACAAAGCCAGGGACGUACCAUUUUUGUUUUGAGGUAAUCUUAAAGGAAGCUCCUGAGACCAAUACUACUGGUGCACAACCGCGAGCUGCAAGUAUAAAGGAGACGGUAGCAACUUGCGACUUUGGAAUAGAUGUGGCUAGAGCGUCUAGCUCUGCGUCGGUUGAUCGAUACACGGUAACUGUGGAUCAAGCACACAAACUUAUGUCCAAUGUUCAGGCUGACCAGAGGUAUUCUAAGUAUAGAGAAAAUAGGCUUAUCGGCGGCCUCAAAUCUGUUUCCCGUCGCUUAUGGAUAUUUGUCAUCAUCGAAAUUGCCCUCGUCGUCUUGGCUAGCGGUGUACAAAUGGGAAUAAUUACCACCAUGCACAAACGAAAUAGAUAA